AUGCCCAUCUCUGUUCGGGAUACAAAGGCCUACAGAGCCGACGAAAGACAUGGCCAUGCCCUUCUUACCGAGGCCCAGAGGCAGGCCAUCUUCAAGGCUUCGCUUCCCGCCCCAAACGAUGGACCGGCCGGCAUGAACAGCAAAGGCGCACACGUUCAGCGCAGAUCCCGGCUUGGAGUUAGACGCUUCCUGAAGAACCAAGUCUUCGUCUUCGUCUUCGCCCUCAUGCACGGCAUCUUCUCCCUAUACAUCAAGUCGCGGCAGACCUGGCACGGCGUGGCUUAUCAGAUCUCCUCGAUACUCUACUAUCACCACGCCACGCCGCAGUACAUCCGACGGGACGUUGAGGGGCUGAACAAGAAACCCAAGCAUCUCAGUGCCAUUCUGAAGACCGAGGUGGAUCACAGGGCAAAGACUGAUGUCGAUCGACUGAUUGAGGAGACGGCCGAGCUUGCAACGUGGUGUGCCUGCGCAGAGAUUCCCAUGCUCUCCAUCUACGAAAAGUCAGGAGUCUUGAAGAAGCACAUGCCUCGAGUCUACGAAGCCGUCAUACAAAAGUUCACCUUUUAUUUUGGUGCUGAACACCCGACCCUGUCAGUCACCUCUCCCCACAGAGACGACUUCCCCACGCGAAUGCUUGAGGAGAGCAAGCACGGCCAUCUACAGCUCCACCUCAUCUCUUACCAGGACGGCCGAGAAUCCAUCGUCGACCUCACGCGAACCCUUGCGGACAUGUCACAACGGGGCAAGAUUUCCCCGCGAGACAUCUCUCAGGAGCUGAUUGAUGCCGAACUCUCAGAGGGCAUCCUCCCGGAGCCGGACCUGUUGAUCCUCUUCACCCCUUACGUCGAGCUGUCGGGCUAUCCGCCAUGGCAAAUCCGAUUGACUGAGAUCUUCUGCCUGCAAGACAACGAGACGUUUGGCUACCAGGUGUUCCUGCGAGCCCUGAGGAAUUUUGCUUCUGCUCAGAUGCGUCGUGGGAAAUAG